AGGUGUCAAGAUACUUUGGAACUUUUUUGUGACAUAUUCGAUCAUAUCAAUGCCGUUUCUGUGAUGAAUAUAUUGAAAAAGAACUCAUUACGAGCGAUAGAUUGUUUUAUUCACUGAAAAAUCGUCUGGCUAAAAUUUUGUCAAAAUGAGUGUCUCCAGUCCAAAGAGAGAGCGCACCAGGUUUAUAAGAAAGCGUAUUUCAAAACAUGCUGUCACAAUUGACACUUCAAAAGCCAAAUCGAAUGCUGAUGUUGUCAGAAUGUGUGUGAAGGAACUAGGAUUAGUUGAGGUAUACCCAUUGCUAUACCAGCUACAUUACCCUAAUGGAAGAAAAGAUGCCCCCUGUGAUAUUUACUGGAAUGAGCACCACUUUGAUGACAACCCUGCUGCAACAGGAGGAAAAGUCAAUAAAUUUCCAGAAAUGGAGAAUAUCUGCAGCAAGAUGACCCUAUUUAAAUGUCUGGACAUAAUGAGAGACCUCUACCCAUCAGACUUUGACUUUUACCCCAGAACAUGGUACCUUCCUGCUCAGUUUGAAGAAUUUUCUAGUGAAGUCCAAAAUAUGAAAGCAAAAAGAAAGAAAUUGAAAUCAACCUUCAUCAUAAAACCAUAUGGGGGAUCCAGCGGAGAGGGCAUAUUUCUUCUGAAAGAACCCAAAGAUUAUAUUUCCUCAUAUCCAUCCAAGAGAGGCAUGUGUCAUGUAGCUCAAGAAUACAUGGCAAAUGUUUACCUCAUUGAUGAUUUUAAGUUUGAUUUCAGGAUUUAUGUUGUUCUGAAAAGUGUGGAACCUUUAGAAUUCCACAUCUGUAGCGAGGGCUUGGCGAGGUUUUCCACCGUACCAUAUCAAAGCCCUACAAAGAAAAAUAUGCAUGAGACCUUCAUGCAUUUGACUAAUUAUUCUCUGAAUAAGAGAAGCAAGGAUUUCAGUCAUUCUGAGGAAGAUGAUGAGGGUAGCAAGAGAUCAUUAAGCAGUGUAUUGAAGAGAAUCGACAUGAAUGGACAGGACAGUGUUAAGGUGUGGCGAGACAUAGAGCUUGUUGUGUGUAAGACAAUCAUUGCUAUUGUACCAGAGUUGAAAGUGGCAUGGAACAAAACAUUUUCUUCAGGGAAACCUUGUCCAUCAUGUUUUCAGGUGCUUGGUUUUGACAUCCUUCUUCUGAGUGAUUUAAAACCAGUUCUCCUGGAGAUUAAUGGAAGCCCAAGUCUAUAUAUGGACAGUGAACAAGAGGUUUCACCAGGAGUUAUGAAAUAUGUCAGGAACCCCAAGGAUGAGGAAGUGAAGUUCCCCCUCAUAAGGGACACAAUACUCCUAAUGAUGUCACCACAUAAAAGAAAACACUGUGAGAAGAAGAGAAGAAAGAGAAUGAUGCAUUUACAGAAACUGAAAUCUUCCCGGGAGUCUUUGCUGGCACGGCCAUCUUCUGAAGUGAUGACAUGUAUCCAGGCUUAUGAUGACAAAGAGGACAUUGAGGAGUUAAGAGAAGAGGAGGAGGGGCAGGAGGACUACAUGAACCAACAGCUGUCAGAGUUUCAUAUAGAUGAAGAAUACUCAACUGGCAAUACUGAUGAAGCAAAAGGAACUGAAAAUCAUCAUUCAGAUAAUGACCAGGAGCAGAAGGAUGAAAUCCAGUUAGAACAUCAAGAUCCAGAUGACCUUGAAGAACACCACCUGGAAGACAGUUGUCUGAAGCAGUUGUAUCCAGAUUUAUAUCAGGAAGAGUGUGAUCAGUUCCGGAUUCUAGAGAGAGCAGCGAGACUCUACAUCAACUGUAUUGGAGUGAAAAAAUCACCUGGAAUGAGUUCUUCUGCUUUUAGAACAUUUAUUAGGAAAUGUCAGCUAAACAAGAAAGGACUAACAAAUGCAGCUGUUGAUAUUAUGUACAUAGACCUACAGAGACGAUGGGACCAAAUGAAUCCAGAGUCAUCAAGCACUUGUUUAUCCUUUCAAGCCUUUCUAGAUGCCUGCUUUGAGAUUACGAAGAAUUGUUUCUCUGCACCAACUAAGAUCGAAAUGUUGGAGGGACUUCUGAGUUAUUGUGAAUCUCAUAUUAGUUUUAAAGAAAAUGAAACAUAAGUCAUGUUCAAAACUGAGACAGGUCUCAAACA